UAUUCUUUGGAUCCGUGCAUGCUGUUGCUCGUAUCGACCAAACAACUAACCUACAUAUGACUGGUCUUCUGAUUAUUGAAAUCAGAAGGGAACUGUCAUCAAUUCAAAGGAGUAAUGAACGAUGUCAGACACAGAUGAAAACUUGGAGGAUAUACCCACAGACGUAACUACCGAAGAUGAUGGAGAGACAUCAGAAGGUGAUGACAUAGAGGAAGAAGAAGAAGCGAAACAGGAGAAUAAGGAAGAGUAUGUAGAGGAGGAAGAAGAGAAAUAUGCUGAGGAAGAGGCCGUUGAAGAAGAAGAGGAACCAGAGUUUUACGAUUCUAAUCUGUAUUUGUCGAAGGCGAGAGUUAGCCAGGAUGGAACGUUGCCUAUUAACAUUUUGGAGUUUCACUUUUCCUAUGGCUAUGAUUGCAGAAAACACUUUAAUCUGGUAGUUCUUGACGGGGAAACUCUCUGUUUCGCAUCAGGGAAUUUUAUAAACUUCUUUUCGGUCCCAACUAAAAAGAUUUGGUUUAGAAGGAGCGCUUUAGGUGGAGGCAUCGGACAUAUCAGGAAAAAUCCUAAUCCUGAUUAUCCACACUUUGCUGUCGCUGAAUGCGGAAAGAAGCCUAUAAUAAUAGUUUAUGUUUGGCCAUCACUAGAAAUCAACUGUAUUCUGAGAGGAGGAGCUACCAGAACUUACACAAAUCUGGAUUAUAGCCCUGAUGGCGAGCUUCUUGUAUCUCAAAGUGGAGAGCCAGACUAUUUGAUUACAGUUUGGGAUUGGAAGAAACAUACAAUUUUGUUGCGAAACAAAUCGUACGUGAAUGACGUAUAUCGAGUAAAAUUCUCUCCGUACGUUCCUGGGCAUAUCACGACUGGUGGAGUGGCUCACAUCAAGUUCUGGAGGAUGGUAGAAACUUUCACGGGUUUGAAACUGAAAGGUGAAGUAGGGCGAUUUGGUCGUACAGAAUACUCUGAUAUAUUAGGAGUCCUCCCAAUGCCUGAUGAGAAGGUGGUAUCUGGAUGCACAUGGGGAAAUAUUCUUAUAUGGGAUGCUGGUUUAAUAACACUAGAGGUCUUCAGAUCCUCUCGAAAAAGAUGUCACGAUAAACAAAUUGUACAGUUUUUUUAUAAUGACGGAGAGCUAUGGAGUGUUUCCCAGGAUGGUCACGUGCGAGUUUGGUGGUAUGAGAAAAUUGAUCAAGCCGACCCUCCUGAUGACGAUAGAGUUAUCUUAUUGGAUCCAUCUUAUGAUUUUUACACUCCAGGCUUAAGCUUAUACUGCGUAGAAAAAAGGUAUCCGCAUAACUCAGAGGACAGUUGGUUCUAUGGUCAAGACGGAAACGGUGGUUUAUGGUUGUUGGAUUUCAAUACUGAUGGCGAUCCUAAACCUUCAGUCUUGCUGUACAAAUGCCAUGCAGGGCAGGUGAAAGGUAUGGCACCGUGUCCGUUUUCGAACUACCUCGCAAGUCUUGGUGGAAGAGGCAAACUUUUUAUCUAUAACUACCUCACUAAAAAGCUAGUAUUCGAAUAUAUGUUUCCGGCUAGUGGAAGAUGCUUGGAAUGGCUUCCAAUUAAGUUUUCUCGUACUGGAGACGUACUAAUGGCGGGCUUUGAUGAUGGUCAUGUCAGAGUAUUCAGAGUAGACUUGCGCAAAGAAGAUAAUAUCAAUUUGGUGGUUCAACAGGCUAUCAAGCCCCAUAACAAACCGUUGACCAAAAUAUCUAUUAACGAAAAUGGAAGUAUUUUAGUGACAGCUGGAGAAGACUCUAGAAUAUUUGUAUUUCAAAUGCAUCUCAGUCAAUAUGCCGAUGAGUUGAUAAUUCCUAUUGGAUUUGUAGACACUCCAGACAUAGUAACAGCCAUUACCUGGCAUCCAGCGUCGUACACCACAGUAUUACUAGGUUGCCUAAAAGGUCAAAUGAUGCAAGUUUGCGUGCCUGAAGAACCCCAGGAUUACACCGAUGUAUCAUUUGAGUUGAAAAUUGAACCAAUUUACAAUAGGUUUUCAUCGUACAAAUCGCAGAUACGAAGGGAUAUCAAAAUCAGACAGAUCGAAGCAAAGAAAGCAAAAAAAAUGGCAAAAAAGAGGAAGGAAAUGGAACGGAUCAAAAAAGAAAAUCCAGGCUUGGAAAUAGAUGAGGAAAUCUUUCUGGCAGACUCAGAUACCGAAGAAGAAUUGGAACCUCUGUACUAUCCUGAUGUACCGAACAAGAUACUAUGGCUGAAAUACACACAGGAUUUAACUAUCUGGUUAUCUGUAGGCGGUUAUGAUGCUGGGUAUAUCUACGAAUAUACUAUGGAUCAAAAGAAGAUAUCCCUUCAAGGUUCAGAAUGGUAGCUGAUGCAGAUGAUGUUGAAAUAAGCAGCUAUGUUUAUACGCACAACAAGGAGUACUUGGUUUUUGCUAUGCAACAUGGAUCCAUAAGAGUGAACAAAGUAAAUAGGAAUGAUUACUCAGAUCUGACGGAUUACUGGACACUUGCUAUGCAUGACAAUCAGAAUGGGUUUGUUCCAAACAUGUGUUUCAGCUACGAUGAGCAGUUCUUUUUUAGUUGUGGCCACGAUGGCAAUGUAUUCUCCUACAACUUCAAACCACACAACUACCGCUAUCCAGAAGUUGAAACGCCUGAAAGGAGAGUUAAUUUCCCACCAACGUUUGAGGAAGAUGUGACUAGCAAUUAUACCUUACUGAGUUUGGAAGAAACCAAAAUCAAAGCAGAAAAUGAUAGAGUCACUAGAGUAGCCAAUAAACACAAGGCUCAUUAUAGAGAACAAUUAAGAAUCUUGAAAGAACGAUACGCUGAGGUUUUGCUACAAAAUUCUAAGCUUGCAGAAAGCCAAAUCAUCCCAAAAGAAGAACUAGAACUAGACGAAAGGGUAACUGAGUACGUAGAUAAUGAAUUCCAAGCUAAGCUUGAUUUGGUAAAAAGAAAAUUAGCCUUCGAUGUCCAGAAAUCCGAGAUACAGAUGAAGAAAUUGAAGGCUUACAUUACAGAUCCCGUGGAUAAAUUUCCUAUAGUUGUAAAAGGAAUAAAUAAUCCGAAACUGAAACUGCUGAAUGUCAGGCAAAGACUGAUGAAUCCGAUGUUUCACAGUGUCUUGAAGAUAGUUGAGGAGAAAUUAGUAGAAGAGGAGAUAAAAGGCAGACCUAUUGAAAGGGCAGUAGCACCUCCAAAGCAAUACGUGCCAAAAGCUAUCAAGGGACACGCGUUAGAGUAUUUCCUCUUAAGUUUGUCGCCAUCGAUAAUUGAAAAAAAAUUGGGACCGAAGCUAACCAGGAUGUUGGAGAAAUACAGAGCCAGGAAAAUCAAGUGGGAAAAAAGAGGAGAAGAGUGGGACGCGUUCAAUGCAAGAAAACCAGUACCUGGAACAAAUCAUCCUGAUGAUGAAAGGCAACUUGCAGAAGCCAAAGAAACAAUAGGAGACUAUAAAAUCAAAGACAGCGAUGACUAUAAAGCGCCACCAAAAGACAGGGACACAACUGUAAAGAAAUAUAAGCAAGUACUGGAUGCCAGAUUGAAACAAUUUAAUCUACGUCACGCGUACAUUAGCAAGGUAUGGUGGAUCAGGGAUCAGAAGUAUUUGACUCGAGACAAGCUAUUAGAAAAGAAGGAACAAUUACAAGCAGUGCAGCAAGAGUUGCCGCAUCAAUUGUGGAGAAUGUCUCCUCCAAUUCCUGAUAUUCAGGAGGACGAAUUUCCCGAAGAGAAACUCAAGGUCAAUGUUAUAAUGGAAUACGAAACCGAAAAUAUGGAGGAGAAGAAGCCUACGGCAGCAUAUAUACAGCCUCCGGAUGUCGACCAAUUAGAAAAAGAGAUUAUUCCUCUUCGUCAAAGAUAUCCAGCUAUGGAAAAAGGAAAGUUUGUGGGCACUUUCGCGGACGAAAUCAUACAGAAGGUUCCAGAACAAACCUUACAAUCUCUGAUGGAUGCUCCUGAAGAUGUAGACACGCCUUACGAGAUGUGCCUCAGAAUAAGAAGGCUGAAUAGAAAUGUAUUUCGUCAGUUUCAAAUAAUCUCAGAUAUGGAUCAGCUAAUAGCUGAUUUUAAUAAUCUUAUUGAAGAUGCAAAGAUGGAAAGACUACCACUUCUUGCCAGUGGUAAUUUCAUAGACUUACACAUUUUGACAUUGAAUCAGGAACUUAAUAUUUUGAAGCAGUUCGAAAAUCAUGAAGAUGCCUUAACAGACAAGGUGAAGGAGAGCUUGACAAAAGUCCAUGCUAAGGAAGAUGAGAUAGACACUCUAAAAAGCAAGCAAGAAAGGAUUAAUGCAGAAAUUGAAAGUCUUCAUAUAGAAGAAUCUAAGAUUCAAGAGAAGUUCAAGCAUGCUGCUGAGAACAAUAAGUUUUACGACUUCCUCAAAAAUGUAUUCAAGAAAAAAUAUAAGCCACCAAAAGUACAUGUUGACGGUGAAAGCAGUUCAGAAUCCUCUUCAUCGUCCAGCUCAGACGAAUCAGAUGAGGAUGACACGGGCAGUAUAGAUUCAAAGGACUUUGGAUUUAUCAAACAAGAUCUGAAUGUGUGUCCCAAAGGCUGCGAAGUUGCCAUAUACAAUCUUGCAGUUGAAUUACGCGCAAAAAGGCAUGAAGUUGAGCAAGCUGUAAGAGAUCAGAAAUCAGAUUUAGAAACGGUAAAAAAGAAUAUUGAUAUGGCAGAUAGACAAAUAAGUAUCCUCCAAAAUCAUUUCAAGGCUAGUCAAAGAGAUCUUGAGAAUUAUCAGAGAGAGAAACAAAAAUUACUGAACCAAGUCAAAUGCGUCACGAUAUUAAGAGCAAGUCAAAUUUGUGAGUUGAAUGUCGACAACUUCAAUGUGGAUGAUUAUCUUGUGUUUUCAAAGCAGAGAUUAUCAGAGUUGUACAAGAGAGUAGGUGAAUUGCAGUAUGAAGAUUACAAACAGAAGAGUACAUAUGAUGUUUACCUGAAACAUCUGUGCCGCAUGAAAAAAGAUCUCAAUUACAUGAGAAGCAAAAAGAAAGUGCUGAAGAAUGACUAUCAAAGAAUCAUGAAGGAGCAGUUUGGUAAACCGAUUGACAUACACGAAAUCACGGAAGCCAUUUUGAAAAAGAACUUCCAGAAGUCUCAUGUGAAUGAACUGGAGGAGGUACUUCUUAAGAAACUGGUAUACGAAGUGAGGGUCAAAACGACCAAUUUGAAAGACAUUUUUGCUGCCGAAUUACGUAUGUGGAAUGAUAGAAUUUAUAAAACCCAAGAUGUCCUUGCGUCCAUAAUCAAGGAGAAUACGAAUAGACUGGAGCUGCUACAAGUAAUAAGUCAUGAGAAAAAGGAAUUAGUGAAUAUCAUAAAUGCGCAACCAAAGAAAAAGGAACAAGUAGAAAAAAUUGAGGGGAUUCAAGAGAAAUACAAUGAAAGCUUGGAAAAACUGGAGAAGUUCGUGGAAGAACAACAGAAACAAAUCCAAGAUUUGAAACUAGAGAUAAAGAUGCUAAAGACGAAGGGAAUGCCUCGAAGAGAGAGAAGACGAGAUGAAUUGAAAAAUAUCAUCAAAGAACAAGUGGAAACUGAACAAGCUGAACGUGGAGAACAUGUAUCACCACCAGAAGAAAGAGAUGUUAUUGAGACUAAGGAGUCGGAAGAAGUUACAGUAAUAAUGGAAUUCAAGGAUGAAACUGGACCUUACGUCGCUGAAGCUGAAUAUGUCGUUAGAGACAUGUUAGAUCAACUUCUGGGCGAUGUAGAUGCUAGACUUUCAAGAUUAUCCAUAGAAAACAUUGUAAAGAGUAUAUUAAGUGGUGUGCUCUUCACUACCAGUGUUGUUGAUAUCAUCCACGAGAUUGUGAGGAAUUUGCCCAUCACACCAUCAAGUGAGCAACUUGCAAUCAUCGACGAGAGUGCGGAGAAACUACAUCAACUACAUGAGAUUAGCACAAGUGAGGAAAGCCUUGUGAACUGCGUCCACGAACUACUAGAAGACGUACUGGAUGAGGUGAUGAUGGUAGCUGGAGCACCUCACGAUGUUGUUUUCAAGAUGGUCAACAAACUGGUGGACGUAAUUCCAAGCGAAAUACUUCUAAGCGAGAGAUCACUGGCCACCAUUUCUGACAAAAUCAAAGAUAUUGUAGAAGGCAAGCGAUUGGAUACUGACGAAUUGAGAAGCUAUAUAGAACGUGUUCCACAGCAUUAUAGAGAGAUGAUGGCACAAAUAAUCAACGCUAUUCUUGAACGUGUCUAUGGAGAAGGAAUUGAUUAUAUCUAUAUCAUUAAGCACGAAUAGUGGUUUAGGAUUCAUUUUAUUGAACAUAUAGAGAAUAUAUAUAUUGCAAACGCACAUUUUUCAAUGCUAUUAUACAUUUUCAAGUGUGUCUGACAUAGUGACAAAUAGUAAAACAUUGAACAGAAUAUGUCAAGAUAAAAUCUAUUAUGUUUUUAUCUUAACACUCUUCGAUACCGACGUUUUGAUACCAGAUAUUUCUCCAUCGUAUCGCUUCAGCUCUUUACGCACUUCUCUUACCUAAAAGAAAAAAAUAAAGAAGUAACAUAGACAUCCUUACAUGUAAGUAUUCAGGAUUCACGUUUUUUUUGCAAUUGAAAAUACCAAUACCUACAAUUAACAUGAUGGUUAUUAGAUUUACUGACAGCAUUUAACAAAG